GUGCUUCAACAUGAACGACGUGGGAAUGAACAGCAAAACCGAAAAUAUACUCCCAGCGGCGCCUUCGGCAUGGGAUCAAUUGACGAAUCCUUCGCUGGCCGAACAACAUCAGACCCAACAACAGCACCAGGCCUUGUCGCCUCAAAUGCAAGCCUCCAGUCCCACCACAGUCAGUGCACCCCUCCUAACGCCCACAAAAACGACCCCGCCCGACGUUGCCCACAUACCCUCAGGCGUAGCACCUGGAGCUGUCCCGGGUGCAGUAGGGUCGAACUUUAACGAAGAACUUUCACCCGAGCUUACGCAGCAAGGCUGGCGCAAAUUUUGGUCCAAACGGGAAGGGCGACCCUACUUCUGGAACAAGCUUACCGGUGAAUCACUCUGGGAACCGCCGGUCCUCAACCGUGGCCCCCCACAACAGUUCGACCCGCUAACGGAUCCACUCGGCAUCUGUAGCAAUGGGCCGCUGCCACAUCCGCACAACAGCUACAACAAUUCUCACGCAUCGCCUCACAACCAUACGUUAAAACGACGUGCCUCGGAAGAUGCGCAGCAUUCCGGCCAUAUGCCGCCCGGCAGUGGUGGAGGAACCGGUGGUGGACCACCACCACUCAAAAAGUACGUCCUCCCAGGGCCGUGGGAUCUCGAGGUAGCAACGAACGUGCUUAUCUACGAACGUCUACCCACAACCUUUCCGCAACCAUACCCCGAGGUGGAAGCGCUCCGCGGUUCGCUUACCCUGCGGCUAGCCAAAACGUACGAGGAUCUGUGCAAUAAGCGGGAAUCAAUCGCACCGCCGAAAGAUUCCUUCCAGAGGUGGCUCAUGGAACGAAGGAUCAUCGAUCAGGGUAUCGACCCGCUGCUGCCUAGCCAAUGUACGCCCGAAAUCUCACCCCAAAUGUAUCGGGAAAUUUUGCGCGAUAUUCCGAUCAAGAUUGUGAAGCCAAAAUUUACCGGCGACGCACGGAAGCAGCUUUCGCGGUACUGUGACGCAGCGAAAAAGAUCGUCGAACGGCGAGGCGCCAGUGAGGAGAGCAAAAAGAUCGUCAAGUGGAAUGCGGACGAAGCGUACGAAUGGUUGCGGCGAACGGUAGGCGCCAGUUACGAGGACUUCCAGGACCGGCUUGCACAUCUGCAGCGCCAGUGCGAACCGCACAUUAUCGCAACGGUGCGCGUGAGUGUGGAACAGUUGUGCACGAAGCUGUACCAUCUGUCGGUACAACAUUCGCGCAACAUCCGAGAACGACACGCACAGAUUCUGAAGGAACAUGGUAUCCCGGAGCUGACGGCACCACUGCAACCGCCCGCCACCCGCAAGGUUUGGUGUUAUCCGGUGCAGUUUGCCUUACCCUCACCCCGUAUGCCACAGAUCGAUUACAUCAACGACCGCGACCACAUGGUAAUCAAGUACACGAACUCGGCCGUAAUGGCGGCACCGGACACGCACGUGGUUAACAUAUCUCACCUGCAGAAGCUGGAGCAACUCUACCGGUACAACUGUUUCGAUGACAAAAAGUUCGACUUCUUCAUCGGGCGCGCGUACUGUAUGCUUAAGCGAUACGCCACCUUCCUCGGGAAUAAUGCGAACCCGAACCAGCAGGAACCGGAACUAACGCAGGCAGCGCUACCGGCGGUAGUGUUUGAGUGUUUGCAUCAUCAUUUUAACGUAACGUUUGAAUGUUUUGCCAGCCCGCUAAACUGCUACUUUCGCCAAUACUGUUCGGCGUUCGGUGAUACGGAUUCGUUCUUUGGAUCGAGAGGCUCGUUUCUGGACUUUAAGCCGGUAUCGGGUUCGUUCCAGGUAAAUCCACCGUACUGUGAGGAAUUAAUCGAUGCCAGUUUGCAGCAUAUCGACCGUCUGCUGACGGAUUCGGCCGACGCUUUAAGCUUCAUCGUGUUUCUACAGGAAUGGAAGGAUCCACCGUUGAAAUGUCUAUCGAAAAUCGAGGACAGUCCAUACAAGCGCAAACAGGUGGUCGUGAUGGGUAUGGAGCACGAGUACCGCCAUGGGCUGCAACAUUGUAUACCAAAAUCGGAGGUGAACUUUAAAAGUAUCGUCGGUACGAUGGUGGUGUGGUUACAAAAUGCAGCCGGGUACGCACGAUGGGCUCCGACCGAAACACGUGUCGACGCACUGCUGGAAGCAUUCCGGCCCGGUCGGGAGCGUGAUCGGGACAAGGCAAUCGCUACCACCGUACCUGUACAGCCGAGCUGUUCCGCUAGCGCUAGCUCACCGAACGUGGUAACGGCCGGUAACAAUAGUACGCCCGGUGAAAUCCCAACAACCGGUCCGGGGAAACCUUCGACACCAGCCACUGUUUAA